GCAUGGAUGAGCUCUAGAAAGAAAUUCAAGCAAUGAGUCAGUGCCACCAUCCAAACAUUGUCUCUUACUAUACUUCUUUUGUGGUGAAAGAUGAACUUUGGUUAGUGAUGAAGCUCCUAAGUGGAGGUUCUGUUCUGGAUGUGAUCAAGCACAUUGUAGCCAAAGGAGAACAUAAGAAUGGAGUCCUGGACGAGCCUGUAAUAGCCACAAUCCUCAAGGAAGUUUUGGAAGGACUGGAGUACCUACAUAAAAAUGGGCAAAUCCACAGGGAUGUGAAAGCUGGCAAUAUCCUACUGGGAGAAGAUGGGUCAGUCCAGAUUGCCGAUUUUGGCGUAAGUGCUUUUCUGGCUACUGGUGGGGACAUUACACGAAACAAAGUGAGGAAAACCUUUGUUGGCACCCCUUGCUGGAUGGCCCCCGAAGUGAUGGAGCAGGUUCGAGGGUAUGACUUCAAAGCAGAUAUUUGGAGUUUUGGAAUUACAGCCAUUGAAUUGGCCACCGGAGCUGCUCCUUAUCACAAAUACCCACCCAUGAAGGUCUUAAUGUUGACACUACAAAAUGACCCCCCCUCCUUGGAAACUGGGGUUCAAGACAAGGAGAUGCUUAAAAAAUAUGGGAAGUCAUUUAGGAAAAUGAUUUCAUUGUGCCUGCAGAAAGACCCAGAGAAAAGACCUACAGCAGCUGAACUUCUAAGACACAAAUUUUUCCAGAAAGCAAAGAAUAAAGAAUUUUUACAAGAAAAAAUGUUGCAGAGAGCCCCAACUAUCACUGAAAGAGCCAGGAAGGUCAGGAGAGUCCCGGGUUCCAGCGGACGACUUCAUAAGACUGAAGAUGGCGGCUGGGAAUGGAGCGAUGAUGAACUAGAUGAAGAAAGCGAAGAGGGCAAAGCGGCGAUUUCACAGCACAGGUCUCCCAGAGUGAAAGAAUCCUUACAGAACUCUGAGCUGUUUCCAUCCUCUGAGCCAACCGGCCCUUUGCUCAACCUCCAAGACCAGCCUGCUGCUCAACUACCUCAGCCUGCAGGUCAAGUUCCUGCACAACCUCCUGUUUCUGCCUCCGGUCCAGCUUCUCAGACCCCAGCAGCAGCAGCAGUUCCUUCAGCAGCACAGGCACCUCCUGCACCUACAGCACAAGAAGAGCCCAAAAUCCCCAUAAGUCUCGUUCUACGAUUAAGGAAUUCAAAAAAGGAGCUGAAUGACAUCCGAUUUGAAUUCACACCUGGAAGAGACACUGCAGAUGGAGUAUCGCAAGAACUCAUCUCGGCUGGACUUGUGGAUGGCAGAGAUUUAGUCAUAGUUGCUGCAAACUUGCAAAAAAUUGUUGAAGAGCCUCAGACGAACCGAUCGGUCACCUUCAAGCUGGCAUCAGGCGUGGAAGCAUCUGAAAUCCCCGAUGAUGGCAAACUUAUUGGAUUUGCUCAGCUCAGCAUCAACUAAAACAACACUCCCCACUUAUGGUCACAACCCAUAGGUGCAACAUACGAACACUUCUGUUGGCCAAAAAAGCAAAACCACUCCUGCCAAAGAAUCAAAACGACAGGCCCUCGUUCUUAGAAGCUUUAACUUCAUUUGUUCCCAAGUAGCAUCAAGGAGAUCUACAACACUACUUGCCUUGGAGGCAUUUGGCUUCUGUUCCACCCACCUGCUGUUUUUGCGUUUCCUGCCUCUCAAUUUUACCACUCUCCCUCCCUCCCUCCUUUCCAACCCUCCCUCCCAUCCUCCCUCCUUUUCCUCCCCCCUCCCCUUUCUCCCUCC